AUGAACCAUAGAUGGGCUCCAAAUAUCUUGGUGAGAAUAGACAGAGCAUCUUUAAUGUGCCAGACUCAUUGUCGGAGGUCUGCGGGGUUUCUGCUCUGGUUUGGAUCCUUUCACUGUAGGAUCAAUGGCCAACAUCCUACUGGCUACCUCAGCUUGAGGCACUUCCAUCAUCUGAAGCUUAAGGGCAGGAGGGGCUGGCUUUUCAAAGCAAUCCAGGUUAGGCAGAGGCUGGGGCUUCAUACCAGCUCUCCAUGUUUGAAUACUUCAACGUCCAGGUGGUCUGCAGGUCUGGGACAGCAAAUGUCUCGAGUCAGGAGUACCUUGGACACAGUUUCUAAAGCUGUGAGUGGGACACAAACAGAACUCCUGUCCAAAAUCUCUCGCCUCAAACCAAAGGCACAGAAACAAUCCCAGGUCAGUGUUGAAUCUGCUGAGGAAAAGACAAUCACCCCCACUCAUUCUCCCACUGCAUCCACAAAGACCCCUACCCCCACUCCUCUCGCUGCUUCUGCUCAGUUGGCCGUCACUCCUGCCCUCGCCCCUGUUCCCAAUAAAAAGCUGAAACGUAUUUCCCCCGCCGUCAGACCUAGUUCUACUAAGAAGCCGGAGGAGCUCCCAGCACCUCCGAAUAACAUUGGGAACAAAACCACAACUUCCAAAGAAUCUCCAGGGCUAUUCCAUCCCAGUACCCUUUCAGCCAACCUGGACGAGACCUACAGCUACCUGUCUCAUCACAUCAACUCUUACUUUGGCAGCUUCGCAAAGACUCAGGACAAGAAAGACGAUGGCGUCGACAACAACCCUCCUCAGCGACCAACCGACCUCGUACCUGUGUCUCAGAAAGAUGAACCCUCCGCCUCAGUCACCCCACCCUCCAAGAAGAGUUUGGGACAGUACUUGUCAUAUUCCGCUCUUGUCGGGAACUACAUUGCUCCUCUUGUUCCUAAAUUCAGAGGAGGAGAAUCUAAAAGCUCCAUGAUGGAGGAGGAGAAGAAACCUGAUGGUGUGAUGGUAAAACAGGUGGAAGGGCCCAAAAGGAAAGAGCAGAGUGCUGCAGAGGAGAAAGCCAAGAAACUCCUGCUUCAACGAGAGAAGAUCAUUGCCAGGGUGAGUGUGGACAACCGAACCCGUGCUCUGGUCCAGGCUCUCCACCGAGCGUCAGAUGUCAGGGUCUACAUCAGCAGGGUGGAGGACUUAAGUUACCACCUGCUGGAGUUUCCAGAGACCCGUGGUGUUGCAGUCAAGGAGAAGGUCAUCCCUCGUCUGCUGCGUUUGGAGCAGGCCAACGAUCCCGGCUUAAGGGCUGCAGUCAGAGAGGCUCUCGCCUUGGUUGGAUAUCAUAAACCUGUCAAAGGCCGGGGGAUACGAAUCUUGUCCAUAGACGGAGGAGGUUUACGGGGAGUUCUUGCCCUUCAGACCUUAGAGAAGCUGGAAGCCCUGACUGGCAAACCCAUUUACAAGCUGUUCGACUAUAUUUGUGGCGUCAGCACAGGAGCUGUCAUAGGGUUCAUGCUGGGCGUGAUCCAAAUCCCUGUGAAAGACUGUGAUGAUCUGUACCGGAAGCUGGGUUCAGACGUUUUCAAGCAGAACGUGAUUUUAGGGACGGUGAAGAUGGGCUGGAGCCAUGCUUUCUACGACAGCGAAGCCUGGGAGAACAUCCUCAAGGAGAAAGUGGGCUCCCACCUCUUAGUGGAGACUUCAAGAAACCCUGAAUGCCCCAAGGUGGCAGCUGUGAGCACCAUAGUGAACCAGGGCCUUCCUCUGAAAGCACACAUCUUCAGGAACUACAACCUUCUGCCCGGGGUUCGCUCUCACUACCUGGGCGGCUGCCAGCACCAGCUGUGGCAGGCCAUCCGGGCCACUUCAGCUGCUCCGGGGUACUUCCAGGAGUUCAAACUGGGAAAUGAUCUCCACCAGGAUGGAGGUCUGCUGAUUAACAACCCAACAGCUCUUGCGAUCCAUGAGUGUAAGUGUUUGUGGCCCGACACCCCACUGGAGUGUGUCGUUUCGCUCGGCACAGGACGCAUCGAAACCGCAGGCAAGACCAGCGCAACAUAUACGAGCCUCAAGACUAAACUUACCAACGUCAUCAGCAGUGCCACCGACACUGAGGAGGUUCACGCCAUGCUGGACGCUUUCCUCCCUCCCAACACCUACUUCCGCUUCAACCCCUUCCUUAAUAAAGAAAUCUCCAUGGAUGAAAGCCGGCUGGAGAAGCUCAACAUGCUGCAGGCUGAGGGCAUCCGUUACCUGGAGAGGAAUGAGGAAAAGCUGAAGAAGGUUGCUCGUCUCCUCACCCGAGAGAAAAGCUCCGUCCAGAGGGUGAAAGAGUGGGCGAGACUCCGGGCUGACAUGUACAACGGUCUGACCUCAAAGCUGUAGAGACAAACAGAAGUUACCUUUCCCAUCCCGAACACGCUUCUUGAUCUACAUUUAAAUUAUGUCACGUUACCGUGGUUACUGUAGCAUGGUCAGUGUCUUUUUUUCCGACCAAAAGCUGUUAAAAAAAAGAAGAAAAAAACACUUUGUGAGCUGCAUCUUUAAAGCCAAACGCCUUCUGCGUUCACCAACACUUUGACUGAUCGUCUACUGUUCAUGUGCCAACAGCUUUGGCACUUCCCACUUAGGCAGUUUUCACUGCCAGCUACUUUGGCAGAGGACGUUUAUCUGGUUACUAUAUGUGUAUUAACGAUUUCAGCAUGAUUUUUUUUUUUUAUUAUAAACUUGGAAUUUGAGGAUCUCCCUGAAUGGUAGUCCAAGUAACACUGUUGAUUUGGAGGCGUUGUGCCUGUUGACUCUCCUGCUAAUAUUAGCGCAAGUGGUAGGAAGUCAAGGCAAGCAGAGAGUUGGCAUCAAAACUAACUCCUGGUUCAAGUUAAAGCAUAUAAAUUAGAAAAGCUUGAUAGUUUUACUCCUCUUGGGUCUUAUUUCUUAAUAACCUUAACAUACUGAUGGCCCCUUUUGCAUUUUUGAAGAAGGAUAGAUGAGCUUCAUUACUGUAAGUCUCAUCUCACUAUUUAAAUUAAUUAUUUUAUUUAAUUAAGCGUGUCAGAAAAAAAUAAAAUGGAUGGAUGGAUGCCGUAGAAAUUAUAUAUAUAUAUAUAUAUACAUAUAAAUAUAUACUCUGGAUAUUCUAAGAUUUCAUAAGUGAGCACCACUUAAUCAUCAACUUUCCUUAAAAUUAAAAUGUAAGAUCUGAGAUUUGGAGAUUUUCAAUAUAUAUUUUAUUAAAGCUCUCAUCUGCCAAUUCUGAAUUUUAGCUCACUCCAAAUUUUCUUUUAAAAGUAUAAUUACUGGCAUUCAAAAUAUUUUUUGUCCUUCCGGCUAUGAGCAGCUACUAAUGAUGUGUUAACCAGCAGCAGAGGUUGCUUCAAAGUGUUCCUGCUGCAGAGCAGUUGCUGUACAACAGGGGUUUGCCAAUGCAAAACAAAGGGAUAUUGGUUUGAGGUUGACAUUUUCCACUGUGCUUAUAAUCUUUUAUCAGGAAUUAAGCCUUCAUAGAACAGCUUCUUCUCUGUCUCUCUAUUCCUGUUGAAAAAGUAGACGCUCACCUUAACUCUUAGAUUUCAAAGCACAACGUGUUCUUGUGACAGAAACUGAAAGCUUGGAUGAAACUCAUCAACUCUGCUGUAACACGUUCAACCAUUCAGGUAUCUGAGGAAGUCCUCUUCUGGGCAGCUCACUUUCUCAGCAAAUUAAGGUCAAAAUAAACAGCAACCCAAAACAAAUCCAUCUAUAGAUUGACUUCCUGUGGCAGACUGUACCUUUUGUCCAAAACUAGAGAAGUGAAAAAUGCGUCUAGCAAGCUGUUAUUAGAAAGAGGCAUUCGUUUGGAUAUUUUAAUAUCCUCUCUGCUUCCUUUGACUUCAUUUUCAUACUUAUCGCUUUACUCCGACUGAAAUUAACUAAAUUUGAAGAUUCCUCCAUAUUUAACACAUCCGUCACAGAGGAGUGUUAUGGUUAGCCCCUUUAAUAGCAUGUGUUGCAUUCGCUUUUUGGUAAAAUAUCGUAAUUUUUACUUUCCACCUGGAAAGUCUAACCAUUGCCAACCAGGGUAAAAAUAGUGAGGUUUUUGAAUUAGCCGAAUAUUUCGUGCAGCUGUAUUUAUAGUGUUUGUUUAUAACAGUAAAUAAAGAAAUCUCUUUAUAAUUACUCAAAUUAAUUAUUACGUUAUGUCGUACUGUACAUUUGUUAAAGAUCGCUGUGGUAAAGUCAUUUAUAACCUAAUCAGGGUUGAUUUGAGAGUCAACAUUUUCUCAGUUGAAAUGAUUAAACUUUGCACAUUUUACAAUGCAGCUCUGGUUGAACAGUGUGAGUCACAGUAAAAGGUUAAUAGGGCUCACUUCAGGUAUUACUGGUGUUACAGAUAUGAUUCUAAUAUAAUAUAAGAUGCUAUAGAGAUGUAAAUCACACAGAUAUGUUAUUUAACAGAGAUCUAAAAUAGGUUUAACUAUCGUGUUGUUUUGACUUUGGAGUAUUUAAAGUUCGCCUGUUUCAAACCCCAUUAUUUUGCCUGCAUGUUUGCUUCUGCUUACAUGUGGAGCUGUUUUCAGCUUGCCCUCUUUUCUUUGAUGCCUCUCUCACUCUGUCUGCCUUUGUUGCUGCUUCCUCUCUCCCAUACUGUAAGCUUUUCUGAAAUGAUGCAGGUUGAACCGCAAAAAUUGUAUUAAAACCCAUAAGGUUUUCUUGGACUGGUUUCUGUUACUCAUUUGCCACAGUUGAAAGUUGGGGUUUCUGUUUGCUGCUGUAAAAACAGCUGUUGUUCAUUUCCACAGCCAAACCAAACACUGUGUGUCUGACAGUCACUCCCAGAGGGACCUAAAUAAGAUGGCUACAGAUAUUGUCCUGAUUGUUUUUAUUUUACCGUCCGUCUCCUGUUGGUCCAGUGCAAUUAUUGUUUUUAGAAUGUAAUUAAAACCUAUCAUUGAACCACAA